CACAGAGCAGCGCCGCCUGCUUGUGCAGUGGAUGUCACUCGUAGCAACGACCAAUCAGAAGUUCCCAUCCUUUUGUAAGAGCUGUGGUGAAGAUGGAGGGAUGAAGUGGGUGGGCUUUCGGCAUCAUGCAUCUGCCAGCAUAGGACGCGGAGCUCGUCAGUCUUCGUCAUUCUCGCCCGGGAUUGGUCGAGGAGCUUUACUUUCCAAUAAUAUAAACAUGUCUACUGCUUGCCUGGCUUGAACCGAGGCUUACAAGGGACUGUGCAGUUCUACAUCAAACUGUAUAAAAACUCUCAUUAUGUGUUUGCUUGUAUUGCUGCAGAGCUAAAUCUUUGUUAUUGCUAGAGAAUAUGCACAUAGCUGCACGUGCACGCGUGAGGAAACGAGGAUACCCUGCUGCCGCUGUUGCAAGAAAGAGAGGGGACUCAGCCGUGCUUUCAUCAUUAUAAUCACCAUCCUAAGUACUGGCGCUUAACAUUUUGUUUUUCGGUGUUCAGGCGAGAAGUGACAAGAAUAUAGACCCCUCCUCUGCAGGGCGGAGCGUGCAUUUUCAUUUCGUAUUUUGUAUUUUUUUUUUUGUGAUUAUUUUUUUUCCUGCCCUCUUCCCUGCUCUGACACGUCUGCACUGAGUGAGUGGCAUUGGCACACUGUCAAUCGCUCACUACCGCUGCCAUCAAACAACAUAAAACACACACAGGCAGAGGCUGGAGCUCAUAAAUUUCAGAAGGGCAAGAUAUUUUUUUGCGCAUCGCCUUUAUACAGCGUUGUCUCCUAAUUAAUUUCUUCUCGCCGUUGCUUUUUUUUCUAGGCAGAAAUCUCCCAACUUUUUGUACAUUUCAUAUUUUUUGUAGUCACAUUUGGAAACCUUGCUGCAGAUUGUGUAUUUUUUUUUAAAUACUGUCAGUUGUCGCGGGGAUAAUUUCUGCACAUUUAUAGUUGACACCUGCGAGCCUAAGAUUGUUUUUUUAUUUGUUUACACGUUUUCACAGCGGAUAUCUUUUUUUUUUUUUUUUUUUUAAUUUUGUUGCCGGUGCUUCACGAGGAGGAUUUGGACAUUUUCGAAAGGAAAUGCGCCGGGAAUCCCACGAAGAGCGUUAAUAAAUGAGAGACCACCAAGGACCGUUUCUGUCUCUACCGCCCGUCAAAACCCAGAGAAAAGACUGAUUGCUAUGAGGAUCCGUGCGGGAUGUGAUGGACCGUCAAUUUUGACAAACAAGUUUUAAAGAAGAGAAAAAAAUAUUUAUGCGAUUUUCUACAAACACAGCCAAAAUCAGCGUUUUGGCACUUUGGACCGCGCGUAAAGCGACGACAACUUGGACACAAGAUUUACGCUAAAUAACAAUAAUAAUAAUAAAAACUGCUGCAUAUUUUUAACAAAAAUCGCGUGUGUGCUGCCUAACGCCGAAGAAUCACACAACCGUACAUCCUUCCAGUCUGCGGCACAUGUUGUAGCCGAUUUCGUAUAUGAGUUUUUCAAUUUGUGUGGCUCAGUGCACAGACUCUUUAGCGGCUACUAUGGACGAUCAAGCCCGGAUCAUGCAGUCGAUCGGCGGUGUCAGUCUGGCUGGCCACUCGGUACAAGGAGGCAUGGCACUGCCGCCUCCACAUGGACACGAUGGGACAGACGGAGACGGAAGAAAACAAGACAUUGGUGACAUUCUGCAUCAAAUAAUGACCAUAACUGAUCAAAGUCUGGACGAGGCGCAAGCAAAAAACAGGAAACACGGACUGAACUGUCACAGAAUGAAACCAGCACUCUUCAGCGUUCUCUGUGAAAUCAAAGAAAAGACAGGUCUCAGCAUCCGUGGUGCUCAGGAGGAGGACCCCCCAGACCCUCAGCUCAUGCGUUUAGACAAUAUGCUGUUGGCAGAGGGAGUAGCGGGACCAGAGAAAGGUGGCGGAUCUGCCGCCGCAGCCGCCGCCGCCGCCGCCUCGGGCGGGGCAGCCGACAAUUCAAUCGAACAUUCCGACUACAGAGCCAAACUCACCCAGAUCAGACAGAUUUACCACACAGAGCUGGAGAAAUACGAACAGGCAUGUAACGAAUUCACUACCCACGUGAUGAACCUGCUGAGGGAACAGUCUCGUACGCGGCCCAUUUCUCCCAAAGAGAUUGAGCGCAUGGUGGGAAUCAUCCACCGUAAGUUCAGUUCCAUCCAGAUGCAACUGAAGCAGAGCACCUGUGAGGCUGUCAUGAUCCUGCGCUCCAGAUUCCUUGAUGCCAGGCGGAAAAGGAGAAACUUCAGCAAGCAGGCAACAGAAAUUUUGAACGAAUAUUUCUACUCGCACCUCAGCAACCCGUAUCCAAGCGAGGAGGCAAAAGAGGAGCUGGCCAAGAAGUGCAGCAUCACAGUUUCCCAGGGGGUGGGAAGCACCAUCACAGUAUCACAGGUAUCCAACUGGUUUGGCAACAAAAGGAUCCGGUACAAGAAAAAUAUCGGCAAGUUUCAGGAAGAAGCCAACCUGUAUGCCGCCAAGACUGCUGUAAAUGCGGCACACGCUGCAGCCGCUGCAGUGCAGAACAGCCAGGCCAACUCCCCUACCACACCUAACUCCGGAUUCCAGAUGAAAGAUGAAGAGUUUCAGCUGGAUUCUGCAGAGAGCAAAAACACUCUUUUAAGCAACAUGUUUACUGGUUCUUCAGGUUCUUUUAACCUCCCAAACUCUGGGGACAUGUUCUUGAGCAUGCAGAGUCUGAAUGGGGAUUCUUACCAAGGGGCACAAGUCGGAGCCAAUGUACAGUCACAGGUGGAUACCCUGCGCCAUGUUAUCAGUCAGACGGCAGGAUACAAUGAUGCUCUGGGGGGAAACGCGAUGUAUAGUCCACAUGGCCUAAAUGCUAAUGGGGGAUGGCAAGAUGCAACGACUUCAUCUUCUGUAAUAUCUCCAACAGAAGGACCCGGAAGUGUGCACUCCGAUACCUCGAAUUGAUCCGCUAUUAAUGCAUCUUCGCCUCUAGCAGGACUUUUUAACUGGCUGACCACCUGAAGAGGAUAUUGAAAACUAAACUUUCACAGCAGAUUGGUUUUCACGUAUCUUAAAAUUCAUCACGACCGUGUCGCACGCAUUGAAAUUCCAUCCUCCAUUAUGAACACCAAGUGUUUCCCGGUAGCUGUUUUGUUCUUUCUUCAUAAAUCAAUCAAGUGUACACGCCAUGCUUUUUUUCUUCUUUUUAAUUUGUUGGUUCACUGUAGAGGUAAACACAUGCACAUUUCCAAACAAAAAUAACAGUAAACUUUCAGGAUAAUUAUCUCCACUCAAAAGUACGGGAUGACACUUGUGUGUUGUCUGUGACAUUUUAUGACACCUUAAAGGCCCAUUUGUUCGAGUCUUGAUUUAAUUGCCGCUCUCCAUUUUGAUAAUUGAGUCCUUACAACAUAGAGAUUAAAGCAGCUGUUUCUUUGACUGUAAUGUGCUCGCAGUCUUGUCCGGCAACUCAACAAUGCUGUUGUUGACAGCUCAAUGGCAGCUUUGUAGUUACUUUCAAGAUUUAUUUUUGCCUUACAGCUGUAUACAUUAGUACAAGGAAAUGACUAUUCAAACUCUGGAACAUAAAGAAGCAUAAUUGAUUGCUUGACUAUAACAUGACACCACUGCAUAUUUUAUAAUUUGAUGUUUAGUAUGUACAUAUGUAAACCUUUUUUUUUUGUACUGCUUAUGGAAGCCCCCCUCGACAGCACACGCACACACACACACACACACACACGAACAGUAGAUCAUUACAACAUGGCACACAGGAGCAGGCCCCCAUUACACAGGAAAAGUUGUACAUAAUAUAGCUUAAGAGUAAUUAUACACCCCACCAAUCAAUACCCAGCUUUAUUACCUCAUUCAUAGAAACCAAUAAUUUCCAACAUUUCUGUAGCUUAGAGCGCUCACCUACUACCUCUAAACCAUAUCACCACCACAGUUUCUUUGGCCCUUAUUUAAUGUUUUUAUGUAGUUAUUUUGAUUACAUCUUGUAACACUGUAAACUCUUCAUUCUCUAUGUAAUCUAAUGUAUAUUUUAAUCUUUUAAUAAAAUGAUGUUGCAGCUGUGCAACUUAAAAUAACAAAUAAAAACAAAACAAAACAAUGAAAUAACAAUAUUAAUACCAUGGAAAAUAGACGGGGAGGGGAUGGGAGGGGGUGGGGUUGGGUGGCUGAAGAUGUUGUUGCUCUGUGGCUUAUACGGCUGGGGGGUGUGGGCGCGCGGGAGGGGUGGGGACGUGUGGCGAAUAUUGUUGAUAAAUUAACACCAAACAGUUAAAACUGUUGUAAAUAAUGAAGGAGAAAAAAAAAAGAACAUUUUGAAUGUUGCUCAUCUUGUUACUAAAUCAUGCGGAGAAAAAAGACAAAAAAAUCACUAUAAAAACUGUAAUGCAUAGAGGUUUCAGUAUUCAGAACUGUACAUUUCCAGCUCUGUUCAACAGGGUUCAAGACUUCUUUUCUCUUUUUUCUAUUGUAUGUGAUUCUGAAACUGAAAAGUCAUGACAAAUGAUUUGUGGCAGUGAUUCUAAUGUAUUAAAGAUGUUUAGUGUUACUUUCUAACCAGACUACACCCUGGACUGAAAAGUCUUCCUUGUGGUAGUUGUGUAAUUUCAAACAUGAAUAAACCUUUUGCUUUCAUGACA